UAAACCUUUAAAGAAGAUUUAAAAUAUUUAAAACUAGAUUUAGAUAACAAAAAUAUACAAAAAAACAUUAAAAAAAUUACAUGAAGACAUAACUAUUACACAUAUUUAAAUAUUACAACAACACUAAUAGUCAGGUAAGGUUGAUCUGGAACCUUCAAAAUUUCCAAAUAUUGUCCAAUUUUUUUGUGUAAUUGAAAAUGGUUGUUGUUGUUGUUGUUGAUGAUGAUGUCUUUUCGUACAAUUCUUUCUUGUACAUACUGAAUAUAUUCACGAGUAUAAAUAUCAUCGAUAAAAGUUAGUAUUUUAGCAAUAUUUUAUGUUUCUAUUUUAUUUUCUUGUUAUGAUCUAAUGUAUGUACAAGUAUUAAUAUCUCCCGAUUUCAACAAUUUUUUUAUCUCUAAUCUACAAAUUAAAAAUGAGGAGAGCUAGUUUUGCUUCGAAAUGCACUAGCAGAUCAUAUAUGCAUUACGAAAUCACUUUAUGGAAUAAUAUGGUAUUUUUCUUAAAGUUUAAUAUUAAUUAAGUUAUUUUGUUUAAAAUUUUAUAUUUUAAUAUAAUAUUUUAUUAAUUAAUAUUGUUGUAAUAUGUUUAUAUAUGUGCUAGUUAUUUACAAAAGUUUUAUGAAUUCAAAUUAGUUAUGACAAAUAUAAGGACCAUACUAUAAAAUACAAAUAGUUUUGAAGUUAAGUUUGAAAUUUUGCUUUUGGAUAAAAACACAUUUAAACUUCAAAUAUAGAGUUUUGGAAACUUCAAAAUAAAGUUUUUUUGGGAGAUAUUCUAAGAACCAUCAAAUUAACAAAAUUUAUUUCUCUAAGGUUGUGACUGAUAAUUAGUAGAGUAAAAUAGUGAAAAUGAAAUGGUGAAAAUGGAAGGAAAGAGAACUGUCAAAUCCAGAGUAAUAUUUUCAUCUACCAAAAGUUGAAAGAACAUUUACCUCUAUUUUUUUCACUUUGUUAAGAGUAAAUGAGCUGAAUGUUUUCCACUUGACUGGAUAAAAUCAGAAGAAAUGAGCUAAAAUAAAUUUUCACUUACUUUAUACAAUACAGUCACACCCUAAAUUUGGACCAUCGAGAUCACGAACAAAUAUAACUACUAAUUGGCGAUUAUACAUAGCGUUUAUUAAUCGGUAUACCAAUAUGAAACUAAAAUACAUAGACCUCAAUGUCAUAUAUGUGAAUCAUUAGAAUUUACUUGCAAUCUAAUAAAUAGUGUCACUGAACUUGUCAAAGUGGAAGAAUUCUACUCUAAAUGCAUAUUUAGCUAAUAUAAUGUAGAUGCGAGAACUAGCUAGCUUACAAUAAUUCGGUUAAUACGAUCCGGUUACCAAACCAGUAUUGUACAACGCAUGUUUAAAUCUUUCUUGAUAUUUUUAAAAUAAAAUGUUAAGAAUAGGACAUACUAUAUAUUAAUUUUAAUUAAUUACAUCGACCUUGUGCAUGCGGUCUUUUACUGGUAAGUGCUUUUUUGGGGUGUGGAGUGCAUGGUAAGUGAUAUUGAUAUGGUUAAAACCAGAAAGAUAUAGUAACGGUAAUGCAAUGAUUUAUAAAAAUAAAUAUAUUUCCUCACUAAAUUUUUAUCUGUUGAUUGAUAAAUUUAUGAUCAGAACAUUUUUUUUGUUGUCGUGGUACAAAUUUUCAGAAUUAUCAAUCAAAUUCAUAGUAUUAGAACAUUAGAUAUAAAAGAACCCAUAAAAUUAACUUUGACCACAUAAAUAUAAUUAACGUCAAAGUAAAGAAUAUAUCAAGAAUCUUAUCUCAGCUAGAUGGAAAAAGAUGUGUGCACUUAGAGAGGAGGGAGGAAUUGGUUUCCGAAUGAUUCAUGAAUUCAACUUACUUCUUUUAACGAAGUAACUUUGGCGUCUUAUACAAUUUUCAGAUUCAUUAGUGGCGAAAGUUUUUCGAGAAAAAUACUAUCGAUUGAAUUUGCCUUUGCGAAUUGAUGCAGUGGAUAACCCAUAUUAUGUGUGGACGAGUAUUAUUACGGCAAAAAAACUAUUACUUUUGGAUAUCAGGAAUAAAGUGCAUUCUAGAUAUGAAAUUAAUAUUUGGCAGACCAUGGAUUCCCUCAACUCCAGCAAGGCUGGCUCGCUCCAGGACCCCAGUAGUACACCCAAAGAUGAACGUCAAUAGUCAUAUUAAUCUUGAAACAAAGGAGUGGUAUGCUCGACUACUGGAACACUAUGUAGACCAAGAGAAUAUACCGAUGAUUCAGAGUAUGGCCGUAAGUCCUACUUAUCGACGCGACAUUUUUUUGCUGGAGCUACACCAAGAAUAUGGCCAGAGUAUGACCAUAAGCCCUUAAGCUUGGAUAUUAUUUGUAUGGUGGACGGUUCAAUGGACCCCCACAUAUCAAUUCAGUGGAAUUAGAUGGGUUUGGAAAGAUAACAUGGGGAAGAUCCAACUUAUGGGGACACAGAACUUAAGGAGGUGUGAGACAGCACUACACUCGGAACUGGAAGCGCUAAGAUGAACUAUGGAGCGUAUGCUACAUCAUUCGACCUGUGAGAGAUUUGUGACAGAUUGCAAGGACAUGAUUACAAUGAUAACGGAUCCACAAGCUUGGCCAAACUUCUCAACUGAGUUGGAGGUCAUACAGAUUCUCCAGAUGUGUUUUCCAGACUUUAAGAUCAGUUAUUUUACAAGAGCGCAAAACAGAAUUACCGACUCGCUAGCUAGGAAUGCUCGUUUUUUCGUAGAUUUCUUUGCUUUAUUGAUUGUUCUAUUCCGGUCUGGUUAUCCAGACCAACUUAAGUUUGAGUAAUAGAAUAGCCAUUUGUUACAAAAAAAAAAAAAUCAAGAAUCUUAUAUCGGCAGCCGUAUAUGGAUCCUGUAAUCAUGAACUGGACCGUAUCCUUAUAGCGUGAUCAGCGUGUGAAUGCAAAUAAUUUUGGCCGGAUAAAGUAUUUAAGUUCAUGAAUUUUUUUAUAUAGUUAAGGUGCUACUGAUUUUGUGUGAAUAUUGAGGCUAUUGAUUUGCCCUUAACUGUUCAUAUUUACAAAAUAAAAAGGAACAAUAAUAAAUUAUGAAGGUACUGCUAAAGUUUUCAAUGAAAAGGCAAGUUUUGGCUUCAUAUGCACAUAGAAUAAUAAUAUAAAAUAUAUAAUUACUACUGUAUUGAGGCAAUAAUUCAAAUUUGUUAAGCUAUGACAUCAACACUUUUUGCUAUCUAUAAUCUUAUUGUCCAAAAUGAAUACAAAAAGGUUCGAAGUUUUGUACUUCAAGUUGUAAAUAUAACUCUUUAAUUUGUAUAGCUUGAGGUUUUGUUUAUACAUGAAAAAGAAACUCAAAUGAAUACUUGACAAGAUAAGUAACGCUGGCAGUGGAGAGCUUGUGUUGCACAGUACAAGAAAGUGUUCGUACAAACACGUUUGGAAUAUCCUUGCAUGUCAUAACGCGUUUCUGAAUAUUUAACAUGAUAUAAGGCUAUGGUGGAAUCAGAAGUCAGAAGAUACGACUUACCAACUGAAGAUGAUGAGUUAAUCCAUUUCUGACAAGUGACAAGAAGAAUGAAACAUAUACACUCGUGGCCUCUUCUCAUUGGACACAUAAUACUGCGGAAGAUACGACUUUUUCACAAUAUCGUUUAUUUAAUCAUAUUUGAUUAUAGCAGAUCAUUAGGUAUUCGGAUCUUUUCAAUUUAGUUUCUUUUUUUAUAACAUCCAUUAAAUUUAGUUGCUACUAGCUACCACAUUUCAUGUUUUUGUUCAUGUUUAAUUUCGUUCUACUGGUUAUGAUUGUUGUGGACAGACUUUAAUAAUUUUUUUUCUUUAAAGACGUACUUUAAUCAUGGCAUAGAUUCAUAAGACAAGUCUUCAAUCAGAAAGACUAUAUAAAUUCAUUAACAUUCGUACCCAAAAAAAGACUACUGGAAGCUGUUUUUGUUUUAGUACUUCGUAAUUUGAGUUGAGUAGUUCAGCGAAUAUCAAACGUGUUAUAAAUGUAACCGCUUCAGUGAAAUCCACAUAUUAACGAAAAAAUGUAGACGACUAACCGAAGAUAGCAUAACUAUAUACAGCUAGAUUAUAUACUUAAUAAAUAACAUAGAUUAUAGAUUGCAAUAUCGUUUGAUGCAUGUCUCGUAUUUUUACAUGAAGAUGCUCUCCUUAUUAGCCGCACAAACAGACGCCAAACUCCACUUCUCUUUCACGUUCUCUAUUACAACUUGCAACUUUGUUUAUUAUGUUAUAUAGUAUUAAAUUAAGCCAGUUACUGUACUAGCAUUAAAAUUAGUGGAUACUUCAAUGAUUGGUCCAUAAGAUAUCAUGAACUUCUGCUCGAAGAUUUCGUGUUAGAAUUAGUGAUUGAUUACACUUAUUAUGCACUUAUGGGAAUCAAUCAAUCAAUUGGUGACUAAAUUUGAUUCUAUGUUCCUAUGAAAUUACACACAACAUGUAAACAAUCCAUUGGCUUGUCUUUCUUGUGGAAGACAUAAUCCAGCAUGGUUUGAAGAGAAUCUAUGAAACUAAUCUAGAAGAAAUCAACUACGUACAUGCCAUUAAUUUCCCAAAAAAAUUCGUCUAACAUGUUGUUUCAGAAAUUAACAAAAUGCAAUGUAUAUAUAAAUCUUGGUGCUGAAUGUGGACAGUAUCUAUCCCCAAUGAUAAAGCACAAUCAUAAAAUUUUCAGUUUGGAAAACGAGGUGGCGGUGAUAUUAUUAUGCAUUGCAUAUUAAACCUACUGGGGUAUUUACAUGCACCUUCAUUCUACUCGUGUUUGGUGUUUUACACUAGACGAUAUGCGCUAGAAGUCUAGAACUAAUCACCGUUUCAGUAAACAUUAAUUCCUUUUUUUUUGUGGGGGGGGGGGGGGGGGGGGGGGUGUCAAAGAUGAAACAUUAGUUCUAAAAAUCUGUGAUUAAAAACACCUAACUCUUUUAAAAUAUGUGAUGCAGUCUUACAAUAUAAAUAUUCAUACUAGUUCUCAAAUUUCUCACAUAUAUUAGUACUGUAUUAUCUUAAAAACCUAAGCUAUUAGUUAAAAAAAAAAUUAGCUAUUUAUUAAAAUCUUUCCUUUUAGUGGUUAAAUUGAAAUUCUCAAGAGUUCUUGGCCGAAUCUCAUACGUCUCUUUCCAAGCAAGAUAAUUUCGAACGCAUCUUUCCUUGAAGCAAAGGAUCGCCACAAUACCACCUACAUCAUUGUUGUUGGUGUAAGUAAAUCUAUAUGAGAACAUAUAAAUCAUCAUUACCUUUUUGUUUUCAAGUUGGUCUUGUAUUGAGAUUCAAUCUACAGUUUUGUUUCCGAAUCUUAAGCUGGUGGGUUUGAUCACAUGCGAUUACACUGGUCUAUUAGUAUUACGUAAAUCAGAUAGAAAUAUACACCACUUGUAAGAGUACGUGUAUAUAAGUGUAUAUAUCCUCUAUAAGCAUUUUAAGGUUACUUUGUUUUCGUUAUCUUCUAGCUAAAUUAAUUAAUUAAAAUUAAUCAUAUUGUUUUGACCAAAAAAAAAAUUAAUCAUAUUGUUAUGCCGGUUAAUACCCUCUAGUCACCUAUUCUAAGUCCAAACAGACAAACAUUAAAUCUUUACACAAAAUCUUAAUCUUGGUGUGUAGGCAAAUUUGCGAACAUAACACUUAAUUUUUAUUUAUUAAGCCUUAGUUUCAACUCAUAACUCGGAAUCAACUAUUGACAAUACUACGUUUCAGGCGUGAAUUAGCUCUUCCAAAUAAAAUUAAACUACAACCUUUGUAAUUUUCCAAAUUCCACUAAAUUAAUCACCAUCCAUUUAAUAAAAACUAAAUUUUGAUCCGCGUUUAGAAAGCACGGGUUUAUUUUUAAAACUAAAUAAAUUUUUCUUAUAUAAUUUCUAUAUAAGAUAAUGUAGUUUUGGGUACAUUUAUCCGAGUGCACUGAACCCUACCAAACUGGAAAAAAAACUCAAAAUUAAGCUGAAUUUCAUAAAUAACUAAGCAUAUCAUAUAUCUUUGGAACCGAAAAAUAGAAACCGAACUAAGAACCAAAUGAGUAUUUAAAUUUUUAAAAUACAAAUUAUAUACCUAUUAAACAUAACUAACCAUUUAAAAAUUUAUACUGAUAAUGAAACUAUAUGUGGUAAUGAUCACACAUCAUGUGUAAACAUGUUUAAAUAAUCUGUCAUAUAUUCAUGAGAAUUUAUUGUCAAAGUAAUUAUAUAAUAGAUUAUGGGAAUAUAAUAAAUGAGUUCAUUUAAAUUAUAUAAAGUAUUUAUAUAGUUAGAUAAAUAUAAGGUAAAACCAAAUAAAUAGUUAAGUCUAAUAGAAUGAUCCAACAACCUUGUUUAAGUAGAUUUUUUAGGACUCCUUCCUAGGGCUGGGCAAAAAACCCAGAUCCAAAGAACGAAACCGAACCCGAUCCGAAAAAGUAGUACUAAACUCGAACCGAAAUUGAUUAAAUAUCCGAACGGGUUCAAAAUUUUGGUAUCUAAAGAACCGAAACCGAACCCGAUCUGAACAAAAGUAUCUCGGGUACCCGAAUGUAACCGAAAUAGAUUUAUAUACCUAAAUAUAUUAGUUAUUUUUAGAUUUAAUAUAUAUUUAAAACAUCCAAAAUAUAUAAGAUACUCUUAAGUUGUUUAAAAUUCUUGAAAAUAUACAUAAAUAGUCAAAAGUAAUUGUCUAAAAUAGCUAAAAUAUAUUCAAAACACCAAAAUGCUUGAAAUAUCUAUUGAUAUUCUAUCCAAAUAUUCAAAUCAAACCAAUUUAUAUGUUAAUUUUAGGUAUUUUGACAUAUAUUUUACAAAUUUAUAUGUAAUAUAUUAUUUUUUAUAUGUUUUGAUAAAUUUUAAGCAUAUAAUGAAUAUUAAAAUUUUAAAAAUAAUUUAAAUGGGUUAUCUGAACCCGAAUCGAAAUUUAGAAAUUUUCGAAUGGGGCUGAAAUCUUUAAACCCGAAAACCUGAAACCUGAUUAGAUCUGAACCGAAUCCGAAUGGGUACCCGAACGUCCACCUCUAUUUUUUAUCUUUUAAUAGUAUAGAUACACUAGCAAUAUAUACAGUAUUUUCGAUUGUAAGUGGAGAUAAACUUUUGUUAAUCUAUGCAUCGAAAUAAAUGUUUUCUCGAAUUAUGUACUAUAUUGUGCCGUAUGAAUAAUGAUUAUACUAAAAAAAGUAAGUUUUUUGUUUGGAGUCUUUGGACCAUAAAUCGUAACCAACCAACACAAAUUCGAAUCAACAAAACUCUGUUAAGCAGAUUUGAUAAAAUCGUGCUGAUUUUAAACUUUGAUUAAUUGUUGACAAAAAAUGGUAAUAUAGGUCUGUUUAAUCCACUCAAUUACGUGAGUAUUAAACUUAUAAAAUUUUAUAACUACUGUUUUGAUAUAUGGGGUUACCUAAGAUCCUCCAAGAACUUAAUUGUUGAUGAACAUAAUAUUGGUCAAAAUUGGAAUCAUAAUCUUAUGAUAUGAUUCUAUGUACCUAUGUCACAUAGUUCGACUUUAACCACUCUUAGAUCUCCAAUAUAUCCUUCUCGAUCUUUUUGCUUCACAUAUAUAUGAUACUGAGUUUUAUAUAGUAUUUUCUUGCAACGACACAUCAUUAAGUAUUCCUCUUCUUUUUAUCCUAAAAAGUUUAAUACUCUAAAAAACUUUUGUUUUAUUAAAUCACUAUACAUAUAAAUAUCUAUAUAUAUGUAAAAUAAAGUAGUACAGUGAUCUUAUUGGAAAAAAUCACAUCACAAACGCAACUAUAAAAAUGGAGAGAGAAAGAGAGCAUGUAUGCUUAAAAUCUGGUAGUGUAGAAAUUUAUACUUUAUAUAAGAUGUACCAGAGGCAUAACUAGUAUCAACUAUAUAUUUUAAUAUGUUUAUCUUCAUGUGUAAAUUUAAACAUUGUAUUUGUACUUGUUGCAUGUGUUGUUAGGUUCUUAAGUACGAGAACUAAAAUAUGCGUUAAUUAAACAAAUGUUUAAUUAGCCCGCCAUUAAUAGAGUGCAUUAUAAUAACUCAUUAGGGAAUAGGGAGCAUACUUUGACCACUCGGGGAAAAUUAUAAAUAUGUAAUGUUUUUUUGUUGUAACUUUGUUAAAAAGAUUAAUAUGGGGGUUUAUCGGACUAUAUAUAUGCGGCCCAUGAUUAGACUAAAACUAAAUAUGUAAUCGCGAUUCAGCAUACCCCUAACUAAUAUUUAAUCUAAAUUGUUAAAUGACAUUAUUUAAAUAGUUGUAAAUAGUUUUAAAAAUAACCAUGAGAGACGAGUGAACAAAAGCUUAAGUGAUCGUUUUUUUUUUAAUUUUAUAUCUUCUUCUAACUUUGUAUUUACUUUCAAUCAAUAAAAAAAUAACUGGCCGGGGUGCUCAACAACCCAAUAAUACUUGAGAAAUAAUUCAGUUCCAUUUCCAAAUAAGUUUUCAGUGCAUUCAAUCUGUAAAUAGUUGCUGCCAACAAAAAAUCUGUAAGUAGUUAAUUGAAAAAGGAAAAGUUACAAAAUCCAUUCCAAUUCUAGUUUGUAAAUAUGUAGUGUUAUACUUACAGACUACUCUAUUUAUUCUCAUUGUAACCAGCAAAUGACCGAAACUUUAUAAGUUAUACUAAUAUAAUAUAUAGUAUAAAAAUUGGUUGAUAUUAAUGUCACCCACUCCUCUAUAUAUAAUCGGAAUUUCAACUACCGUCUUUGGGUUAUAGAUAGCAUAGCUAAAAUUUUGAAAGAUAAAAGACCAAUAAUAUGAAAAUUAUACUAAUAUGAUAAUUACCUAAAUGUAUUGACAAGUGAGGAAGAAGAAGACAGAAGCUAACAGUUGUCCGAACCCGAUUUCGGCAAAAGGCGAUCUUUUGAUUUUUGCUUACAACAUCGAAUCAGAACUUUUUGUUUAGUUGUUUAUCUAUUUCAUUUAUCUAUGGAGUUUAAUAUACUAUCCUCAACAAAUGUUAUUAAGUAUAUAUUUAACUCUCUAAUAUAAAUUUUAGUUAAUUGUAAAAAGAUGUAAAUGAUUUUAUCUACAAUUAUGUUUAAAACAAUACUACUGCUUUGGGAAAAAAACUACUACUGGUUUUUUUGUUUAUAUAUACUAUUAGCUUUUGUUAUGUAAAAGUAUUUCAAAUUUCAUUUGUUUUUGUUAUGGCCUCUAGACAAGGGAAAAAUAUUGGAAGUACGUCUUCACCGUUUUUAGUGAGCAUUCUAUAAAAGUAUCAAGCUUUGGAAAACAAAUUUGUAGUAGCAAACAUUAAGUUUCCUAUAUUGCAUUUUACCAAGGACUAUAUAAUACCAAAAAGUAUUUACAAAACGUUGAUCAAUAUUUAAAUGUUUUUUGUUUAUGUAGCUGCAAAUGACAAAUCCAAAUAUUUUGAAACAUUCCCGAAAACCAUACACAUUUAAAAACAAAUAACCCAUUCCUUUAUUGGAAACGAUACUAAUUAUAUCGGACUAAAUUCUAAACAACAUUACGUUUUGAACUUGUUAAGUAACGAUUUGAAGAAGUGGCAUUUCCUAUUUGAUGAAAAACCGAGAAAUUUCGGAGUAAAAACAAAAUAAAAUAGCCAACACUCUUUUCUAUUCAUCCAAUUGCAAGUCAAUGACAACCUAUUUUUUCCACAAUCGAAUCUUCCGUAUUCUUUACACAUAUUUUUUCUUCUGAAACCAAAAUAUAUAAUAAAAAGAAAAAGGAGUAAAAUCAAUUUUGUCAAAGUCUUUCCUCCCCGUCACGUCUGCUAUAUAUACUUGUCCGUCAUUAACACAAAUGUAUAACUCCAACACACUUCUCUCUCUAGCCCUUCUCUCUCUCUCAGAUUGUGUUUCAGAGCUGUCACGUGUCAGGUUCGAAGCUCAAAGAAAAAAUGGGUCUUCCUCUAAUGAUAAACAACGACGACAACAACAACAACAAGGUCGAGCUUUCUCGAGUGGCAGUUUCCGACACACAUGGUGAAGAUUCACCUUACUUUGCCGGCUGGAAAGCUUACGACGAAAAUCCUUACGAUGAAUCACAUAACCCUUCCGGUGUCAUUCAAAUGGGUCUCGCCGAGAAUCAGGUCUCGUUCGAUCUUCUUGAAAGUUACUUAGAGAAGAAGAACCCAGAAGGCUCGUUGUGGGAAUCAAAAGGAUCAUGUGGGUUCAGAGAAAACGCACUGUUCCAAGACUACCACGGUCUCAAAACUUUCAGACAAGCCAUGGCUAGCUUCAUGGAAAAGAUCCGUGGAGGUAAAGCUAGAUUCGAUCCUGAUCGGAUCGUCCUCACCGCCGGAGCCACCGCUGCUAAUGAACUCUUAACUUUCAUCCUCGCCAAUCCCAACGACGCACUUCUCGUCCCCACGCCGUAUUAUCCAGGAUUCGAUAGAGAUUUGAGAUGGAGAACCGGAGUGAGAAUUGUACCGAUUCAUUGCGACAGCUCGAACCAUUUUCAGAUAACCCCUGAGGCGCUCGAGACAGCUUACGAAACAGCACGUGACGCGAACAUUAGAGUCCGAGGAGUGCUCAUAACCAACCCAUCAAACCCAUUAGGCGCGACGGUCCAAAAGAAGGCUCUGGAAGAUCUCCUUGACUUCUGCGUACGCAAGAACAUUCACUUGGUCUCCGACGAGAUCUACUCCGGCUCGGUUUUCCACGCGUCAGAAUUCACCAGCGUAGCCGAGAUCGUAGAGAACAUCGAUGAUGUGUCAGUCAAGGAACGUGUCCACAUCGUUUACAGCCUCUCCAAAGAUCUUGGCCUUCCCGGUUUCCGAGUUGGGACCAUUUACUCGUACAACGAUAAUGUUGUGCGGACAGCGAGAAGGAUGUCGAGUUUUACGCUUGUCUCGUCCCAGACACAACACAUGUUGGCUUCCAUGUUGUCGGAUGAGGAGUUUACGGAGAAGUACAUAAGGAUAAACCGAGAAAGGCUUAGGAGACGGUACGAGACAAUUGUGGAAGGGCUUAAGAAGGAAGGGAUCGAGUGUUUGAAGGGCAACGCAGGGUUGUUCUGUUGGAUGAAUUUGGGUUUCUUGCUCAACACGAAUACGAAAGAAGGUGAGCUCGAGCUUUGGGAUGUGAUCUUGAAGGAACUGAAGCUGAAUAUAUCGCCGGGAUCGUCGUGCCAUUGCUCGGAGUUUGGAUGGUUUAGGGUUUGUUUUGCUAAUAUGAGUGAGAAGACUUUGAAGAUUGCGUUGAAGAGAAUACAUGAGUUCAUGGACCGACGAAGGAAGGUUUUGAAUUGUUAAAACACAAGAAGUAAAUUAAAAGUUCAAAACCGAUUUAAUUUUUAUAUGGCUAAUACAUGGAGGGUAAGGGGAAAUUAGUUUUUUUUUCUUGGAAAGAGAGGACAGUUAGUUGAAAUCCAUUUAUGUAAAGUGGGUUUUGAUUUGUUUCUCUUUUCUAGAUACUAUUGUUUGUUUUCUUGCUUUGGAAGAAGCAAGUUAAUUUCAUGUUUAUUAAAGGUUGAUUGUAAUAUUUGCUGUUAUAUACGAAAAUUGAAUAAUUCCUUUUG